ACGAGCUCCGGGCUGGGUGGCUUAAGGCGGAGCAGCAACAUGGCGUCCUCUGGAGCUGGUGACCCUCUGGAUGCUAAGAAUGGAAAUGCCCCGUUCGCUCAGCGCAUCGACCCGUCGCGGGAUAAACUGACCCCUGCGCAACUGCAAUUUAUGCGGCAGGUGCAGCUUUCCCAGUGGCAGAAAACACUACCACAGCGGCGGACCCGGAACAUCGUGACCGGCCUGGGCAUUGGGGCCCUGGUAUUAGCUAUUUAUGGUUACACCUUCUAUUCAGUGGCUCAGGAGCGUUUCCUCGAUGAGCUGGAAGAUGAGGCCAAGGCUGCCCGAGCCCGAGCUCUUGAGAGGGAGAGAGCGUCUGGACCCUAACUGUGCGUGCGGAUCACCUUCAAACUGCUGAAGCCCCUCUACAUGUUAAGCGAUGCCUGGUGAUCUCACAACAUCGCUGGCUUACUAACUUCGGACUAUGAUUGAGCCCAAGAGGCCAGAGACUCUGCAUUUGGCCACUGCCAAAGGGGGAUUGCGCAUUUCACAUGCAGUUUGUACAGUUACUCAGCCUUAUUUCCUUGUUCGAGAGGUAUGCGACCUUGCCUUUCCCCAAACUCUGUGGUUUACCCCUUCACCUCCCAGGGGCCCGACUGACUGUUAAGGGGGAGGGUGUGGCGUAUCUGCAGAGUUGGAACCUAAAGUGGGAAAGAUAUGGUCAAGUCAAGAGUAAUAAAAUGAGUCAUCUCUCCUGAA